AUGUUAACUGAUGGGCUGUUAAAUGAAAAUUAUGGUAUCGUUAUAGAUGCUGGUUCAUCAGGGUCAAGAAUUCAUGUGUAUAAAUGGAAUAAUAGUAAACCGGAUUCAGAAGAUGCCCGGAACUCAGUGCCACAGAUACAUCAAGAAGCUGAUUGGACAUCCAAGACUACACCAGGUCUUUCGUCGUAUGAAAAGAAACCACAUAAAGCAUUCAAAAAGCAUAUAAAACCACUCUUGGAUUAUGCAGAAAAGAUUGUUCCAAAAAAUAAAAUAAAAGAAACACCUGUAUUCAUCCAAGCUACAGCAGGCAUGAGACUGUUACCAGAAAAGAGACAACAACAAAUUCUAUCUGAUCUCUGUGAUGGAUUCAAACACUCUUCAAAUUUCUUAAUGAAAAACUGUGAAGCUCAAAUUCAAAUAAUUGAUGGUGAAACGGAAGGUCUAUAUGGGUGGUUAAGUUUGAAUUAUUUAAAAGGAAUGUUUAACAAUUAUGAUGCCAAAUCAGACACACAUUUUACAUUUGGUUUCAUGGAUAUGGGUGGUGCUUCUACUCAAAUAGCUUUUUCACCAAGUGAUAAAGAACAGGUAAAAAAGCAUAAAGAAGAUAUUCCAACAAUAUACUUACGAACCUUGAAUGGUGAGAUUCAGAAAUGGGAUGUUUUUGUAAGCUCAUGGUUGGGAUUUGGUGCUAAUCAAGCAAGGAAAAGAUAUUUUGCACAGUUGGUCAACUCUCUGCCAGAAAAUGUUAAUGAUUACGAUGAUGAUAACUAUGCAACAAGAAAAAUAUCUGAUCCCUGUAUGCCAAAAGGAUGUGAAUCAAAAUUUGAAUUAUAUGAUAAAAAAUUUACUGCUGUUGGUACUGGCCACAGCGAACAAUGUGAGAAAUUAAUAUACCCUUUACUACUGAAGCAAUUGCCUUGCAUUGAUGAGCCUUGUUUAUUUAAUGGAGUCCAUGCACCACAAAUAGAUUUUCUGAAUGAUAAAUUUGUUGGAGUAUCAGAAUAUUGGUAUACUGCUAAUGAUGUUUUCAAAUUAGGGGGAGAAUAUAAUUUUCAAGACUUUAGUUCAGGAGUUAAAGAAUUCUGUAAUAGUAACUGGUCAGAUAUCAAAAAGAAAGGUGACGAAGGCUAUUAUAACUCCAUUCCUGAUUCGUACUUAGCAGCUUCGUGUUUCAAAGCCAAUUGGGUAUUAAAUGUGUUACAUGAAGGUUUUGGUUUGCCAUUUGAGAAGCCAGCUGAUGCAUCCCAAUCAAUGGUAGAUCACCCAACAUUUCAAAGUGCCGAGAAAAUAGAUAGCCAUGAAAUUUCUUGGACAUUGGGGAGAAUCCUUCUAUAUGCUUCUGGAAGCAUUUUAGCAGGCAGCAAAGAUGCUAUCGUCGGUAUUCAACCAAGCAAACUAUCUGCUCAGCACUUUGGCAAGAAGUUCAUACCCGGAAGUCUUGAAGAUUUUUCUAAUCAAAUAGAAUCCUCGAUUGGUGCUAUCUUUAACAAAUUGGUAGUCGUUUUGCUGGUGAUUUUCAUAGUAUGUUUUAUGCUAUUGAAACUUAAAAUAAUUAACAAAUCAGAUCUUCCUCCAUUUAUUAAUAGCAUUCAUGAAACAGUACAAAUGAAAAUAAAUAGUUAUUAUCAUUAUAAUAGGAUGGUAGAUUCUUUAUCGAAUUUGGAAGAAGGUAUAUCGAUGGAAGCUAGUAAUUAUGUCACUAAACCAACACGAGACAUAGAUCUGAAAUUAAGAAGCAAAAGUAUGCAAGGCCUAGAUGAAAUUUCUGCGAAACAUGGAAUGGAUUUUGGCUUGAAAGUACGGAGCAAGACACAUGUUGGAGCACCAUUUAAUAAAUCUAGAAACGAUACUUCUCCUACUAGUCAAGGGAAAUUAAAAACUGCAUUCUCAUUAGCUGAUUUUUCUAAAUAUAAAUUAGAAAAAAUAACGAUUAGAAUUUGUCAUUUUUGUUUGUUAAAAAGUUCACUAUCAAACAUAAUGUAA